CCAGUGGCGCAUGCACGCGCGACCCUCUCGUCAGUUGCGUCCCCCGUACCGGCGAGACCCCCGCGUCGCAGUGGACCGUGCGUCGUGUGUGCGUCCUCGUGGCAGCCGUUCCGUCCUCGACGACCUGAUCGAGGUCCGCGCGACGUCGUGGCGGAACGUGGAAACGCGACGCUCGGGAUUACCGGAAGCGAGAGGAACAGGACCGCAACAGUUGGCGCGAUCGUUGCAGUAGACGCAGUUCCCAGCCAGGGAGGAAGCGGCCUCGCGGGGGAAGUAGAUGGUCAGUGCGACCGGUUCCUGAUACCCGGGGAAGAAAACCGGCCAAAGGGUGGCUAGCGGUCCGAGGCAAGUCCCGCCGAGCGAGUUGGGCAGGAUCCUGAAGAUGCUGAUGCCGGGAGCGGCCGGCCUGGGGGCCGUGGGGGCGGUGGGGGCCCCCGGCCCCGAGGACCUCGUCUCCGGCCUCGGCGCCCUCGCGGGGGCCACCCCCCAGCAGAAGGACACCACCUGGACCAAGCUCUUCGUCGGCGGACUGCCCUACCACACCACCGACAAGAGCCUCAGGGAACACUUCAACGUCUACGGCGACAUCGAGGAGGCGGUCGUCAUUACCGACCGGCAGACCGGCAAGAGUAGGGGAUACGGAUUUGUGAUAAUGGGAGAUAAGCCCGCGGCUGAGAGGGCCUGCAAGGACCCCAACCCCAUAAUCGAUGGGAGAAAGGCCAACGUCAAUCUGGCGAUCCUUGGGGCGAAACCCAGAGGGAACCUUCAAGCCGAGGGCGGUUCCAUGUUCUGCCACCUGCUCUCGAGUCCAUCAUUCCCUUUUGCGGCCGGCAUCCGAGCCGGAUAUCCGGCGGUCCUUCCUGGACAGUACGGGGUACCACCGGGUUACGUGUACCAGUCGCCGUAUCUGGCGGCUGCCGCCCCGGGAGGUCUGGUGCCACUGCCGGCUACAGCGACGCAGCUCAGUCACGCCGCGGCCGUCGCAGCAGCGUCCCAGUUCUACGAGUACCAGAACGCCGCGGCGGCCGCGGCCUCCUACCCCGGAGCAGGGUACAACUUUGCCGAGGCCUACCCGUACGGCAGCGCAGCGGCCGCCGCGAAUGCAGCCGCAGCGGCGAGUUACGUAACACCUUACACCUACGCCACCCUGCCAGGUGCGGCAGGUUUGCCAGGAGCCACGGCAGCAGGAGCCGCUUUUCCGGGUCUACCUUACCAAACGACGCCCCAGGAGGCGAGGCUCCAGUAGAAGAGACAACGAGCCAUCCGAGGGAUCCCGACUGUAGCUGCGGCCUCGUAGCGCGCCUUUGGUACACUUGCCGUUUAGUACCGCGCGCCGCCACCGGUGGCGCUGUCUAUACCGAAGGAACGGCAGAAGAGCCACACAAGACCCGGAAAAAAGGCAGCCAUGGUGGAUACGAAGAGUGUACCAGCCCGUUCGUUCUGCGAGGUCGAUGUCUCGGGUUUGGAGCCGUCGGAUAGGCUCGCGGUUUCCGAAACAGGAACACUUUUAGAUACCUUCUUUGGAAGAACCGGGGAACGCCCUUGUCGGAGCCGAAGGCGAGUCUUCGCGUGAUCUUUCGAAGAUGUCGAUUAGAGAUAGGCGAGAAACGCCUCGGUUACCUUCUUAUCCGACACCUGUCUUCCCUGUUCUCUUCCGUAGGAGCCAAAAUUGGCGCUUUCGCGGUGCGUGCGCCUCGGUUUGGACUGCGUCGCUGCCAAUCGCCUCCAAAGAGAGAAACUAGUUAUACUAUUUAUGUAAAAUACUAGGCUAGUAUUGUACGGUAAGCGAAAACGUGGACGCACCGUUGGAGCGGGGACUGGGAACCAAGUAGAGGAGUUUGCCAGGGUUGGGCGAUGGUGAUGGGCAAAUGAUAGAGCGAGACCAACGGUACCAGGGUCUUGGUGUUGGUCUUGAUCUUGCACGUUCGAGUCUUGGUCUUCGUCUUGGUUGUUGUACUUUUUACCCGAGAUCAAGACUGCAAGACCAAAGCCGAUUUUGUUCCUCGCUGGUCGCCUUGAUUGGUGUUUCUGCCCAACCGUUUACACGGGUUGAAACACCAUUACUUGUUUAAUUGCAUCGAGGCACUGCGAAACGGAAAAAAAAAGGAAUUCACGGAACCAAAGAAAUAUUCCUGGGAAUAGUACCGAAGAUAUUAGGUUAAGGAAUAAGUUCCCGCUGUUUUAAGGGGAUGUCAAAGUGGCGUCAAUCGUUCAUGCAACUUUUCUACGACCUGGGUCUACCAAAUCGUUUAAAACUUUACAACGUGAAUGCGGAGACCCUAGGGUAGGUCCUGAAACUCAUGAAACUUGAUUUUUUUAUAAACAACUUUGAAAACAUCUAUAAACAAAUUUACAAAAAAUUGAGAAUUUUAUAGACGUCAGGAUCUUUUUUAUAGCUUCCAUAUUCACGUUGUCGAGUUUGAAACAAUUCUAUAAACUCUCUUCGGCGAAAAGUUUCAUAAUUUUAUAAUCCUCUCCACGCCACAUUCACUUCGCCUUAACAGAAAAUAACGUGAAUAAAUUCUGAAGAAACGUUACAUCCAAUUAAUUGCAGUUCAUGCGAGCCAAUUAUUCUUUGAACUUACAAGGUAUUCCUUUGGUGCUGUUCAAAGGAAGAUUAGGUUUAUGGGAAAGUUAUGUCGUUUUUUCUUUUCUAAGUAUGUGUUCAAAAGCGAUAGAAAUUUCUUUUGCACCCAAUAUUUCUAUGGUUCAGUGACAGGUCUUUUUUUUUUCUCAGGGUGGUAGUCCGCCGUCCAGACUGCUCUCUCAUUUAUUUUGGUUCGCCAUGGUGCCUCGAGUCCUAAGGUUGAAGCAUGUUGAUAAGGUUUUACCUUCCUCACGCUCGCGGGAUUUCUUAUCCACCGGUUGCUUCCUUCCUAGAAUAUAUCAGAGUGGACGGAUUCCGCAAGCGUGGUGGACGGCAGCUGGAAACAGUUGGACCUGAUGCUUUGGACACGUGGAACUCAACGGUGGAGGCGACAAUGGUGAUAGGUGACAAUGAGGCGAUCAUGUCUAUCACGGGAUGAAAGAAUUGUGUGGUAUGAACGCGCAAUUGGUACUAGUGUGUGGUUUGCAAACUCGGCGCACCGUUUACUAUUUUAGGAAGACGGUAUUCCGUGUUUCUAUCCACCAUGACGACUAUAUUCUCCCCGAAGAGCAUGCGACACCAACUAUACACUACAUCAAACGUUCCUCUUCACCUUUAAGCUGUAAUUAGACAAUUAACCAUCAAUGUCCAUCACAGGAUGAAAGAAUUGUGUGGUAUGAACGCGCAAUUGGUACUAGUGUGUGGUUUGCAAACUCGGCGAACCGUUUACUAUUUUAGGAAGACGGUAUUCCGUGUUUCUAUCCACCAUGACGACUAUAAUCUCCCCGAAGAGCAUGCGACACCAACUAUACACUACAUCAAACGUUCCUCUUCAUCUUUAAGCUGUAAUUAGACAUUUAACCAUCAAUGUCCAUCACGGGGUGAAAGAAUUGUGUGGUAUGAACGCGCAAUUGGUACUAGUGUGUGGUUUGCAAACUCGGCGCACCGUUUACUAUUUUAGGAAGACGGUAUUCCGUGUUUCUAUCCACCAUGACGACUAUAAUCUCCCCAAAGAGCAUGCGACCCCAACUAUACACUGCAUCAAACGUUCCUCUUCAUCUUUAAGCUGUAAUUAGACAAUUAACCAUUCUCAGGUAGUUGCCAUUACACCUGCGGUUGUUAAACAGCUGACCGCUAAGUGAUGUUCAAUUGCUAGACGGAGUGAUUUAUGAAAUUCCGGUGUGUUCAUUUCGGCAACCACACACGAGUCCAUUGGAUAGGCGUUUAAAUCUAGGAGGUGCACAUAGCCUUAAGGCGAUGGGAAAGUGAGGUCAGAGCGGUCUCGUUUUUUGAAAUAUUUCUCCCAACUGGGUGUACCGAGACGGGUAAAACUACACCUUGUAUAUGGAGGCUGCAAGGAAGGUCCUGACAAUAGCGAAAUUUCAAUUUUUUAAAAAUUCGUUUAUAGAUAUCUUGGCAUUUUUUUUAUAAAAAAUGAAAUUUCAUGGGUGUCGGAACCUUCCUUAUAGCCUCCAUAUUCACGUUGUAAGGUUUGGAACGAUUCGGGACACCCAGUCCGGAGAAAAGUGUCAUGAACUAUUGGUUUCUCGGAUGCCACUUUCACAUCCCCUUAAUGAGUGGUGGCCUAAGUGGCGAAACGUUGCUCUCUUCGUCUGCCACUGGUCUAAGGUUUAAAAUGGAGGGAGCUUGAGGAAAGUCGAUUAUUAAUGACGAUAGUUUCGUUAUCCGAGUCGUUGCCUUUUAAAAAUCCGUCACAAAGUGUCUUAACCGAAGGCAUCGACGAGGUCUCGAUGUUCAUCCGCGAGUUUGUACCAACUUGACGAAAUCAUUCGGCCACGAAAAGGGGUUUGUUUCCCUGAGCGCACUUAGAGCGGGAUGGUCCAAGGUGAAAACAACGAAUUGUCAUCUUUUACUCCAAAACUGAAAAUAGACAUUUCAGGCAGUUCGACCUGCGCAAGUCUUUCGUCUAAAAACUCGAAAGUAGCGCAAGUCUUAAGGCGAUGUAAAAGUGGCGUCAAAGAGGUCUCGUUUAUGACACUUUCAUCGGAACUAGGUGUACCAAAUCGUUUCUAACUCUGCCACGUGAAUACGAAGGCCCCAUUGAAGGUCCCGACAUCCUUAAAACGUCACAUUUUAUAUAAAAAAUGUAAAAAUGUCUAUAAACAAAUUUGAAUAGAAUCGAAAAUUCGUGGGUGUCAGGACCUUCCUUACAGCCUUCACAUUGAUAUU